AUGCCACUGUCCACACUUCUACUUGGGGGCUUAUUAGCCCUGCAGGCACAUGCCCUGCCUGGACGCGACAACCCUGCGAUUCUGCGACGAGCUUGUCCCGAUUACACCUCGUACGCCUCGACGCCGCAUGGCCCUUAUAGCGGUGGUCCCCUGAAUCUCCCCUACCAGCGACCCGCCGAAGCUUGUCGCACCUUCUCAUCCGCGUCUGUGGAGAAGGUUAUCGAGGAUGUUACCUCGCGUCUUGUCGACAAAGACCUUGCGCAGCUGUUCCGCAAUGCCUAUCCAAACACCCUGGACACUACAAUUAGGUGGCACCAAAAUGCUACUACAGCGGCUUCCACGCGUAAAAGCAGACGCGACACGGCCCAGUGGACCGGCGCGCAGACCUUCAUUGUCACGGGUGAUAUCAACGCAGAGUGGUUGCGUGACUCGACCAACCAGCUCACCAACUACCAGGCCCUCGCGAAGAAGGACAAGAGCUUGUGUAAUCUGAUUCUGGGUGCAAUUAAUACGCAGGCGGAGUUUGUGAUUCAGUCACCCUACUGCAAUGCUUUCCAGCCACCUUCGGCGAGUGGCAUUCCGCCAGAGAACAGCACUCAGGUGGACACUGUCCACCCAGCGUACGAGAAAUCGUUUGUCUUUGAGUGCAAGUAUGAGCUUGACUCCCUUGCUCACUUCUUGCUGCUCGGCACCGAAUUCCAUGAGAACACCGGCUCGACCGAGUUCUUGACCGACCGUUGGUUUAAAGCAUUGCAAACUGUCCUUGACGUGAUCGAUGCUCAGUCACAGCCUACUUUCAACUCAAAGAAUCAGUUUGUCACCAACCAGUACACUUUCCAGCGCGAGACUACUAUUGGAACCGAGACGCUGAAUUUGCAGGGUGUUGGUAACCCGCUCAACAGCGGCACUGGUCUCAUUCGUAGUGCCUUCCGGCCAAGUGACGAUGCCACAAUUCUUGGAUACUUUAUCCCUCCUAACGCAAUGAUGUCUGUCCAACUGCAGAAAGUUGCCGAGGUCAUCAAAGCUGCUGGUGGGCAUAACGACUUGGUCAACGAGCUAGAAGAACGCGGCAAGAACCUCGCGAAGGCUGUCAAGGAGCACGGUAUUGUCAACCACCCCAACUAUGGUGACGUCUACGCCUUUGAGGUCGACGGCUAUGGCUCUCGAAUCCUAAUGGAUGACGCGAAUAUCCCUUCGCUACUGUCUCUGCCAUAUCUUGGCUUCCUCGACAAGAGUGACAAGGUCUACCAAAACACUCGUAAGAUGAUCACCGAGAAGGCCGGCAACCCAUACUACCUGGAGGGUCCUGCUUUCCAUGGUAUUGGCGGUCCUCACAUCGGCCUCGAGAAUGCCUGGCCCAUGUCCCUCCUGAUGCAGGCUCUUACUUCCGACGAUGACACCGAGAUCUUGGAUUCCAUCAACCUGGUCCGUGAUUCUAGCUUGCUUGGGCUUAUUCACGAGUCGAUCAACGUGACCAACAUUAAGACCUACACUCGCCCCUGGUUUGCUUGGGCCAACUCGGUGUUUGCGCAGACGAUUCUUCAAGUUGCGGAAGAGCGGCCCCAUUUGAUCUUCGGUGAUAAUGCCCAGCCUUAUACUAUUAAUUAA